AUGAAGGCACCUCCCGAGGGGCCAGCCAUGUUCUUCUCUGACGGCUCCACCUUGCUACGAUCUAUGAAAGAUGAAAGUCUUCGAGCCACGUGGGCACCAUCGCUCAUUGACCCAUCACCGGCCAGCGCACAGCUUGCUCGUGCACAUUUCGAGAAGCAUCCACCGAACAAUCUGCGCAAGUCAAACUUCUUCCACUUUGUCGUCGCCCUCUAUGAUCGUGCAAGUCAACCUAUCGAAAUCGAAAGGACACAAUUUGCUGGUUUUGUGGAAAAGGACAGAGAAAUCGACGGUCAAGACACGAAAAAUGGAAUUCACUACAAGCUAUAUGUGCUAUUCCAAAAU